GUAUGCGCAAUGAUGCGCUUGCAAGAUAUGAAAAUUCUUAUAUUUUCUUUGUUUAUAUCUGCAGUUGUCGGACAUGGAAUUUACGAUGAUGAGACACACCACAAAAUGACAAGAAAAAUUAGCAAACGGAUGAAAAUGAUGAGCAAAUCAUUGGAAAAUGUUGUUUCGAUGCUUGACACAUUGCAAUCACAAAAAGAUCAGUGUGAAGCUUCGGUCGCCAACAUGACAAAAGAGCUGCAAAAACUUUCUGACAAAAUCAUCGAUGACAACAUAGGUGGUGUCACCUCUGGACCUCCUCACAUUGACCUUACGGAUGAAGAAGACCGUUCCGAUGGUAAACCAGUGCGUGUUGAUGUCACAUCGGCAUUUGACGACUGCAUGAAGAGCCUUGACCUUGACGUAAUGCCGAAAGAAAAUGCUUACAUCUGGUGCCUCAGACUUUCGCUAUGGCAAUUCAACCAUAACUAUUCAGACGAAUAUGAAGAUGACUCCGACUUGGAAAUUUUGCAAGUUUCAGAUAACACAAGAAGUAAAAGAAGCGCCAGAUUCAUCCGCAGACGACUAGCACCACGUGACAUGACACAGCCUCCUUCUGGUUUCAGAAUAAGGCGGGAAUACCGAACACUCACGCGUGCAGAGAGGCGAAGAUUUCAUGAUGCGUUAAAUGUACUGUAUGAGGAUGGUACAAUCGACUGUUUCUCUCGGGUGCAUAGAAACGCUAUACGCAGUAGCGGGGCUCACGGUGGCGUUGCAUUCCUGCCGUGGCACAGGGCGUUCCUCGCAUUGUUUGAAGAAGCCUUACGCCAAGUCGACACCAGAGUAUUUAUCCCUUACUGGGAUAGUUCCAUUGAUGACAAUAUGGAGGCCGGUCCAGCACUUUCCGUAAUGUGGGACAAUGAACAUCUAGGACCAGGAAACGGUGUGGUGAACUCUGGUCCAUUUGCCGGCUGGGUUACACCCCAGAGUCCUCUCAGACGGGAAAUAGCUCGAGGUACCGGCAGUCUUAUUAGACAGUCUAGAAUCGACACAGCUAUGCUUCUUUGUCGCCUUGGGGAUUUUACUAGACGUUGGGAAAACGCCCAUAACGGUGUCCACCGCUGGGUUGGUGGGACAAUGGCCCGAAGCUUCGCUGCAAGUGACCCCGUAUUUUAUAUGCAUCAUGCAUUUGUAGAUUACCAGUGGGAAAAGUUCCGGGAGCAUCAAAUAAAUGACUGUGACAUUGACCCUGCAUUCGAUUACCCUCCGACCUCUGACGAAAACCACGAUGCGGAACAACCAAUGGAUGGCAUGCGUUUUCUUAUUAAUAGAGAUGGCAUCGCUGAUUACUGGACAACAAACUGGUAUAAUUACGAAGAUACCCCAACAUGUGAUACAAACUGCGGAGAUACGCCAGAUAUGUUUUGCGACCCUAUUAAGGACUUAUGUACGGGAGAGAUACGUUUUGAUUUAAACAAUGGCGGGAGGAAGAAAAGGCAGGCAAGGCAGACACCGCCGCCAAGUGACCUUCUUAAUCAAAGUAAUACUUCAUCUGUUGAUUGCAGGAACAAGAAGAAUUUAUACGCGCAAAGCUGCUACAGUCUGCCACGACCGAGGACAGAAGAGGAGUAUGCAGACAGCAUUCUUCGCGGAGAAAUUGUACCGCCACGGGAGAUAGAGAUGAUUGAAGCACGCAUUCAAAUGGAGAUUAUUGAAUUUGAAAAAACUCCGCCUGACAGUGAACCGAUAUUUUUCCAGGCUCCACCUGAUGAUCGAAGUGAUUGCAGAACAAUGGAAACAUGCGUGCGCGAUUUAGUUUUUGCAGUUAUCAGGGGUUUUAAAGUUACAGGUAAAGGGUAUUCGGGUUUCUAA